AUGCACCCUUCGCUACUCCUGCCCCGGAUUCUCGCGUUGAAGGACAGCUCGGCGUUCACGGUGAUUAUUGAUAGCGUGGAACAGUCAGCAUCUCGCUUGAUCAGCGAAUUCCUCCACCACGCACCUGAAUCAACCAAUGUUCUGUACGUCAACUACGAGACAUUGACGGUUGAUAAACGGGUCAACCACGAGAUUUCGGGACACGAAAAGGUCGCCGAGCUCAAGCAAAAGAUUGUCCAGCUGACGGGGACGUCCCAGACUCUCAUCAUCUUCGACACCCUGGCUUUCAUUCCAGAACAAGAGCUGUUCCAGCUGCUCUUCAGUUUGAUCAGCAAGCAUACAACAGUCGUUUGCGUCUACCACGGCGAUAUCCGGUCGAAAAGUGACUCUUCGAGCUCCUGUUACCCCUCGACUCUGUCGCUUCUCAACUACUUUGCCACCAGUAUUCUUACUGUUGGUCCUCUGAGCAGACCAGACGUCAUGCCUCAUGUUUUGGAACAACACAGUAACCGGAUUUCGGCCUGGGACAUCCCUAUGGGCUGCAAUUCGCCGAAAUUUGAGGUGCAGCUGGAUUACAGACGCAAAUCGGGACGCUCGGUCAUUGCUACAUACACUGUAGACAACUCGUCUCAUGCAGUAGCCAUUGCCCCUAACAAGGCGCAGCAGCAAGAAAACGAGGCAGAUCUGCUCAAGGAUCUGACCACGUUUAACCUGACAACUUCCACUCGAAACCAGCAGGCCAAGGAUAAGGUGGAACUGCCGUUUCUGGAGAGUCAAAAGUACGGAGAUGGAGGAGUCCAAGGAGGAGCCAUUGUUUACCAGUACGAAAAGGACGAUGAUUACGACGAAGAAGAUCCUUAUGAAGAUCCCUUCUAA